AUGACGACAUUUGUAGACGAAGCGCUUCGCGGUCCGCGUGUUGCAGAAGUAGCCGCGGCACUGGGCGAUUCUUCGUGCGAAGUUCGGGCCGAUGCGCUCCAGCAUCUGUUAGGCUUAGAAGGGCCUGAGCUCGCACCGUAUGCAGAGGCAGUGUUGCCUCUGGUCGCAGACCCUGCCUCCGAUGUGAGGCGGCGAGCGUGCGAGAUCAUACAGAAACUGGAGGUCCCAGUUUUGCAGAAUCUGAAGGAUGCCCCAGUGGAUUCUCGGAUGUCGUUUCUCCGUAAUGGCAAAGCUUGGAAGUGCCUCUGUGCAUCUGGAUCGAUGCCCGUACCGCCACAAGCGCCUGCCCAUCCGGCAGCUUUCAUGCAAGAUCCUCGAAAACGAUACGAGGGCGAAGACUCUUGGCCUCCGCCGGCGUGUGGCUUCGACACGCCCGAUACACUCAGACAUCGCCAGAUGCUGGUACGAGAGGAUGGCAGGUUACAAGGUGUACACCUUGAACCGGUUGACUGGCAGGGAACCUUCAUGCAUGCUCCACACCUGUGGGAGAUUGCCAAGAACGAGGCGAAAGAGAGCCAUUGGUAUCACUGGAAAGUGAGGGACGCCCUUGCCUUUACAACACGUGAAUUUCAGGGAACGGCUCUGGUUCGGCUUCUCACGGACUCGGAGGUGGCUGUGCGCGCGGAUGCUCUGGUUGCGCUCAGACGGCUUCCGUCCGAGCUCUGGGCACACCACACACGUCGCGUGCUUCAGAGCUUGACAGAUCCGAUAGCGGAGGUCCGGCUGGCCGCACUCUGUGCCCUCCAAAGGUUGGGCUCUGCCGAGCUGGCGUUUCAGGCUCCACACUUGGUGCCAAGUUUACGUGAUGAAGACGCAGAAGUCCGAGCCGCUGCUCUGUUGACCUUGCGGUAUCUGAAGCCAGACCAGCUGGAACGCUGGGCGGAGCAGGUGCUACGCUGCAAACUGGAUCCCAGUGUCGAGGUGCGCGAGGCGGCUCAACGAGCAGUGGAGAGGCUCUCGCCAAGCACCAUGGCAGACUUGGCCUGUGCCGGCCUGCCGAAGGACGGCAUCUUCAGGUACUGA